GUUUUGACGUUUGUCUGACAAAUUCUGCGAGUUGUCAACAAAGUUUAUAAGGAUUAGAAAAUUUUAAAAGUGGGUUUCAAGUAAAUUUUAUUGUGCGUGAAAGUAUCAAAAAUAGUCGAUUAGUUUACCAAUCAUCGGUAUUAACUGAGAAGCAAUGCCGGCUUAUCAUUCCCAAAUCAAGGAUUACUCCCAAUCCGUGGGCAAUAUGGCGAUUCUGCCGCUGCGAACGCAGGCCCGCGGUCCGGCCCCGACCAACGCCAGCAUCGAGCAGGACAUUAUCGACGAGUCGCUGUACUACUUCAAGGCGAACGUGUUCUUCCGCACGUACGAGAUCAAGUCCGAGGUGGACCGGGUGUUGAUCUACAUUACGCUGUACAUCACCGAGUGCUUGAAGCGGCUGCAGCGCUGCUCGAACAAAAACCAGGGCCUGCAGGAGAUGUACACGCUGGCCAUCUCCAAGUUUGACAUUCCGGGCGAGGCGGGCUUCCCGCUGAAUGCGGUGUACGCGAAGCCGGCCGGCCCGUCCGAGGCGGACCUGAUGAAGCAGUACCUGCAGCAGCUGCGCCAGGAGAUUGGCAUCCGGGUGUGCGAGCGGGUCUUCUCCGGCGAGGACGGCAAACCGAGCAAGUGGUGGCUGUGCUUCGCCAAGAAGAAGUUCAUGGACAAGUCGCUGUCCGGACCGGGCCAGUAAAGUGGGCUGCGUGUCGUGCCCCCUGCAAGGUAACGCAAGCAUUUUCUUUUUUAUUAUUACUCUCCGUACGCUAAAUAAAUCGUUCCAACGAGAAA